AUGCCAUCGGCGACUUACUCUACGGGGUCCCGUCCCCGCAGAGGCACUUAUCAAGAAAUCCCAGUGUCCUCGACCUCCCACCCAGAUAACCCAAUUCCCGAAGAGCCUCGAGGUGUGCGUUCGCUCUCAGUAACCGAUACCAAUUUCAACGUCAUUUCCUCAGGCUCCUCCCAGGGCACUUCCCAAUCCGAGGAAGAAAAUGCAGAGGAAAAGGUCGACGGUGGUCGGCAACGACGACGAGCAUCCACUGUCCUCAUCUCGCAGAACGCGGUUGAUAUGCGAAGGGUAUUGGAGAAUGUGGGCACAGCAGGCACUCAGAAGCUUCAAUCUCUCUGCUGUGGUGGGGGUUGUUGCCGGGGACAGGCAUUGCGCCCUGUAGAUGGACCGAUCUCAGGCUUCAAUUCCAUCGUUGCACCUAUCGGCAACAAGGCAUUUGAUAGCCUCAAGCUGAACCUUGACCUCCUCACCAUGGACAGUGAGCUUUCCAACAUUGCCCCGCUCCCAGAGAAGACCGUUUCGUUCAAGCCGCCUCCCGCAUCAGCAGCCGACAUGACCUUUGGCCCUGCAGACCAUCCGCCGGAAUUCGUUUACCGUGCGCCUCUGUUCCACACCCGUGAGUUGACGGGACCCGGAGCCGAAAAGCGUACCUACCACUUUGAUAUCGAUGUUACCGACUACCCCGCCGAGAGCGGGAUGGUCGACUUCGUAGUCGGCGGUGCAAUUGGCGUGUGCCCCAAGAACAAGGACUCCGAAGUUGAAGAGGUCCUCAACCUCCUAGGUGUUCCGAAGUCUAUGCGCGACAAGAAAGUCCUCAUGCGCACAACCAAGGGCCGCUGGCCGACAAUCUGGGGUGACGACAAGCCGCGCGAACUCAUCACUACCCGUCGCGAGGUUCUAAGCUGGUGUUCCGACAUCCAGAGUUACGCCCCAACAAAGCCACUCUUCCGCCUCCUCGCCGAGUACACAAGCGAGCCAAACGAGAAGAAAAUCCUCGAAUACCUCUCCUCAGCCCAAGGCCAAGGCGCCUUCUGCGACCUACGCACAAGCUCUUUCGUCUCCCUCACCCAGCUCCUAACCGCCUUCUCAAGCUCUCAACCACCCCUUGAUCAUCUCCUCUCCGUCCUCAACACUCUGAUGCCCCGCUUCUACUCCCUGUCCCAAGACCCCCAGAUCUCCUGCCAAUACAAAGGCAACGAAUGCCGACGCUUAAUUGAAGUCGCCGUCACAGUUGCAGAAUCCGCUGACUGGCGCGGUGGGACCCGCACAGGCGUAGGAUCUGGAUACCUGGAGUCACUCGCGCGGCGAGCGAUUGCCGCCGAAGCCUCCGGCGAAAAGCUGGACCUCCACGUGCCCAUGUUCCGAGGACUGAUGGCGAACCCUCUCGCAACGCGCUUUGCCUCAGAUGGUCCGAUGCUGCUCAUCGGCGCUGGCGUUGGCAUCGCACCUUUCCGCGGCUUCGUGCAGCGCCGUCUGCAGUCGGCGAACUGCGCCAAUAAGGUCUGGGUGCUGCAAGGCGUGCGCGACUCGCUGCUCGACGAGCUUUACUCCGGCGAGUGGGGCGUGCAUGAGGAUAAGGUGCGCACUGUUGUGCAGAGCCGUAGGGGCGAGAGUCGCUAUGUGCAGGAAGAGGUUAGACACCAGGCUGACCUCGUUUGGUUCGUUAUCAACUCGCUUGAUGGUCGUGUCUUCGUUUGUGGUUCGGGUAAGGGUAUGGGUGAAGGUGUUGAGGCUGCUCUCAUUGAUGUUGCCAUGGCAAAGGGUAAUCUCAAUGCUCAAGAGGCCGAUAUGUUCUGGCAGCGGAAGAAGGAAGCUGGACAGUAUAUUGCUGAAACUUGGUGA